CAGUUUUGACGAUUAGAUGAUCAAAGUUUGUGGAAGUAUACAAAAUAAGAGAAGAUCACACUGAUCAAAUCCCAAAGAAGAAAUGUCCAGCGUCACUUCGGAGCUUGUUGUAAUGGAGGCUACUCGUUUCCAGCACACUCCUUAUUACUGUGAAGAGAACGUGUAUCUGCUCUGCAAGACGUUGUGCGAGAAUGGUGUAGCGGAUGCAACGGGUUCUGAUCUGUUUGUUGUUUUUAUCUCGAAUGAGAAGAAGCAGGUUCCACUAUGGCAUCAGAAAGCUAGUCGCAGAGCUGAUGGGAUUGUACUGUGGGAUUAUCAUGUCAUAUGUGUCCAGAGGAAGAAAGAAAGUGAUUCUGAGCCUUUGGUGUGGGAUCUUGAUUCAACUUUGCCCUUCCCUUCACCCUUAACCUCGUAUGUGGCUGAAACUAUCCAGCCAUCUUUUCAGCUUUACGCAGAGUACCAGAGGUUCUUCCGUGUUGUGCAUGCUCCUCUGUUCUUUAAGCACUUUGCUUCUGAUAGAAGACACAUGAAAGAACCUGAUGGAAGUUGGACUGCUCAACCUCCACCCUACGAACCCAUUGUUGCCCAAGAUGGAAUCUUGCAUAAUUUGAGCGAGUACAUUGCCAUGAGUGGUGCGGAUACAUUGUCGAGCUUGGACCCUGAAACAGUGAGAACGGCAAUUUCUCAGAAACUUGGCGUGGUUGUGAGCCACACUCAACUUCAGGAUCUUUUCACCAAGCUUCCUUAACAUGUCAAUGUCUUUUCUUUGUGGGAUCAAAACUGUGUCAUAACUCUUAAAUUCAGCCUUGUUUCCAACUGUCUCAAAUGUUUUUGUAUUCAUUGAUGAAGCAGAGACCGAUUUUUGAGGGAAAACAUUAUACACUCACAAAACGUUUGGUUACAAUGGAACAUUACAUGAUU